AUGGCGGUACCAAGAGAGUGGUCGCCUUGUCAAGUUGCAGAUCCAUUGGAAACCCUGCAAAAAGGUGGCCACCCAAUACCUACCUCGGAGAUGGCCUCGUCUUGGUCACCACAGUGCUCGCCUCAGCCAACUGAAUUAGCUUUGCUCUUCUACCGAAGCCUUGUGCAGCAGCUGCAAGAGGCACAAGGAUCUUCGUUGCGCGACGACAAGCUUCUGGUUAGGACGAAGUACAACAUGUCUAGGGUUGCACGGGCUGCCGCGUUAGUGGCCGAGUUUGAAGGCGGCCACUCGGACGCGUCAAAGCACAUUCUGCUCUUUAGGGCGUCCGCCUGUACUGCCCAGUGGUCAUGGUACAUUGGCGCGGCUGGAACAGGCGAAGGCCUACGCUGUCUAGCCGCCCCACCCACGAGAGCGAGAGCAAAAGUGAUGUGGAAGAAAUUAAAAAAAUCCCCUGGAGGAUCCGCGACUUUGUCUUUCGGCUCGGCAAAAGGAAGCGACGAACGGGUUCACUCCAUGCCCCAAGAAUAA